AUGCAGUGGUGCAGAUUUACCGCCAAUGGAUCGACCUCUUACGGCAUCAUCGAAGGGGAAUCGGUGCACGAGGUAUCCGGAACUCCCUUUGGCGAACACUCAAAAACUGGCAAGUCCCACGGUCUCGACUCCAUCCAGCUUGAAGUGCCUGUCAUCCCGCCCACGUUCUAUGCCGCCGGCAUCAACUAUCCCGAACACGUUACCUGGGCGGCUCAAAUGCGUGGUCAGGAGCCGGACCUGCCCAAGAGGGCCGAUGUCGGCUACCGGGCCAUUAACGCCCUGGUGCCUCAUGGCCACGACAUCAUCGUGCCAGCCGACGCCACCGAGCAGCUACAGUACGAGGGGGAGCUGGUGGUCGUAAUCGGCAAGACCUGCCGCAACGUCACCGAGACCGAAUCAUUGGACUACGUCCUGGGGUACACGAUAGGCAACGACGUCAGCGAGCGCACCUGGCAGCGCAACGACCGGACCAUGUGGCGGGCCAAAAACACGGAUACCUUCAAGCCCAUGGGGCCGUGGAUCGUUACUGACUUGAACCCCGACGACCUUCACGUGGUCAUCCGCGUCAACGACCGCGUUGUGGGCGAGUACGAUGUGGCGACUGCGCUAUUCGGCGUCCGGCACUACAUCAGUGAGAUGAGCAAGUACCUGACGCUUGUCCCGGGCGAUGUCUUGUGGAUGGGCACCGAGGGUGCCACUGAGAACAUGAAGGACGGCGACCUCUGCGACAUCGAGAUCAGCGAGAUCGGUACGCUGAGCAACCGCGUCAACUGGCAAAAGUGA